AAAACAAUGAAAUAUGAUUCAAAAAAGUGUUCUUUCCGCAAAUAAAAAUAACAAAAUAAGCUCUUAUAUUGUAGCCUUGUAUCUGUAUCUUUCCAUUUCCAAAUCUUAACGCUCUUUAAAGAUCAAAGAAGCGCACACCAUCAUCAUCACCGUUCUUCCUCUUCACACUCAAACAUGAAACACAAUCACUUCACCCACCUCAACAAUUUCUCAGCACCCCACACCUAAAAAUCCAAACUUAUUCUUCUUCACCCACCCUACACAGUUAAAAUCACAACCCUUCACUUCAUAAACGGUUUCAUAAAAAGGGGUUUCUUUCUCUCUUCAUCUCUUUUAUUCUCUCACCAAACAUAACCAGAAAAAGAAACCCAAACCACACGAACACAGAAAAAAAAUGAAGAAAUUGAAGAACUAUUAUAUGCACUUGAGACACCAUCACCACCACCACCACCCAUCAACAGAACGCAAAUGGGUCUUUCCACUCGCAAUAGGUUCCAUUUUCUCCCUCUUCCUUCUCUUUGUAGCCACACUAACCUCACCGGAGGGUACACCAAUUCUUCCAUUCUACCGCUCCAUCACCGCCUCUUACUCCGUCUUCGUCGAAUCCAAGCUCCACCCUCUUCCCGUCUCCACCCUCCCUCCGCCGCCGCGCCUCGCCUACCUCAUCUCCGGCUCGGCCGGCGACGGCCGCGCCAUCAAGCGCGUGCUUUUAGCACUCUACCACCCCCAUAACCGCUACAUCGUGCACCUCGACCUUGAGUCUUCGAAAGAUGAGCGUUUGGAUCUGCAACGGUUUGUGAAAGACCACGCGCUCUUCCAGCGAUUUGGGAACGUGAGGAUGAUCUCAAAGGCGAAUCUUGUUACCUAUAGAGGACCCACUAUGGUUGCUAACACACUCCACGCUGCAGCUAUUUUGUUAAGGGAAUGUGGCGAUUGGGAUUGGUUCAUCAAUCUUAGUGCUUCUGAUUAUCCUCUUGUUACACAAGAUGAUCUGUUGCACACGUUUUCAUACUUGCCUCGGGAUCUGAAUUUCAUUGAUCAUACUAGUGACAUUGGAUGGAAAGAUCAUCAACGAGCGAGGCCAAUAAUUAUUGAUCCUGGGUUGUAUAUGAAUAAGAAGCAAGAUGUGUUUUGGGUUACUCAGAGGAGGAGUAGGCCAACAGCUUUCAAGCUUUUCACAGGUUCGGCUUGGAUGGCACUAUCAAAAUCUUUCAUAGAUUACUGCAUAUGGGGAUGGGACAACCUUCCUCGGACUGUUCUCAUGUACUACUCAAAUUUCAUAUCUUCCCCUGAAGGAUACUUCCACACAGUCAUUUGUAAUGCUCAAGAGUUCAGGAACACAACUGUGAAUAGUGAUCUACAUUUCAUUGCCUGGGACAAUCCCCCCAAGCAACAUCCUCACUACCUUACACUCGCUGACAUGGGAAAUAUGGUUGGCAGCAAUGCCCCCUUUGCGAGGAAGUUCCACAGAGACGACCCGGUAUUGGACAAAGUUGAUGCUGAACUAUUAUCUAGAGGUCCUGGCAUGACCGUUCCCGGCGGUUGGUGCAUUGGAAGCAGGGAGAACGGCACUGAUCCCUGCACGGUAGUUGGUAAUACUACAGUCCUGAGGCCUGGCCAAGGUUCCAAAAGACUUGAAACAUUAAUCAGCUCAUUGUUGUCAAAUGAAAAGUUCCGGCCUAGACAAUGUGUGUGAUGAUAAGAACCGGCUAGAAGAUUAUUUUCCACUGGCUUUUAGUUUUUAUGUGCAUGUUUAGUUAGCAUGAUCAGUCGGUAAAAUAGUGUCUCUUUCCAGUAGGAAAAGAAGUAGUUCAAGUAUACACACAGUCUUUGAUAUUGAGAAGAAAAAAGUGAGACAAUUCUAGUGAAAUGAGAUUGACUACAGAGUUGGAUCACACCCUGUAAUAGUGGUAUAUGGGUAUAUAUGACAGUUGACUCUGUAGUCCCUGGUUACAACACCCCCCCCCCCCCUUCCCCUUUGACUUCAAUUCGGCUAAUCAGUGACAACCAUUGAAGGUUCCGUAGCUUCAUUGUUUUUACUUAUGGAACAACAAAGAAAGGGAUAAAGAUAAUGUCAUGGUAGGAGGGGGUUGGAAUGGAAAUACGUUUUAUGUAUCUUUUUUUUCCUUUUAUAAUAUGAUUUUCCACUUGAUGUUGUUAUAAGCCUAACUUUUCGAUAAUAUUUUCUUCUUCUAUAAUGCUUAUGUUUGGGUG